GAUCUGCCUACUACUUCGCUAACCUUUGAAACACGCAAAUCACGGGGCAAACCACGGGGCAAACUACGGGGCAAACAACCGCGGGCAAAGAUAGUGGACUAUGUACCUGCCAACGAAAUUCUGCCUUUACCAGUCUCUGUUUCAACAGUCGAUGGCGCGCCUAAUAACUACCUUGUAAAAAGUUCGUUGUAUUCCACCGGAUAUAAAAAUUAUGGUAAAUUUACAACCAAACUUACAUGCGAAGACGGUGUAAGCGUUAAGUCAAUUAAUCCGAAGUUUGGGAAAAACGAAAGUGACUCCCUUAGAAGCGACUUUAAAUUGGUUGUUCCUUCAAACAAGAAGAUAGUGACUUGUAUUAGACAUGUGGCUGAAGGAGAUACUUCUAUGAUUAUUUCUUUUAGUUUUAAUCCUGUACACGACUCUGACUAA